ACAGUUGCGUUCAGUUUACAUUCAUUGCGACCAAAAUUGAAUUCAAAUUUUGAAUAAGAAACUCAUCAUCAUUUUGAUAUUUUUUUUCUCAAUUCUUCUUGCAAUUUGACUAUUUACACCGGAAUAUGUCCACAAUAAAACCUGUUGCAAAUUCGUAGUUCAAUUGUGGACCAUGCGAAUAUCACAAUAGAUGUUGCGGUGUGAACGAGACAUUAUGUCAACAAUAACAUAGCCUAACGCAAUAUUAUGCACAUUAGUUGAAAUUUGAAGACAAUAACAUCGGCUCUGGCAUCGUUGCAUUCUACAUAAAGCUGCAACGAAAAUUUUCGAUAAUUUCACAUCAUAUCAUUCACGACCAUUGAAAUUCAGCUAAUUUUCACUUUCGAAGAAUAGCUCAAAUGGCAAAAUCAAAUCAAAUCAGCGAAUAUGAAUUCAAUUUGGAUUUGCGCGACACAUUUCGAUCGCUUUCGUAUUAUCACACCGAUGAAGAAGGUGGCGACAAGCAAUUGAAAUUCGAUCCACCAGUUUAUCAGGCCCGUUAUUCAGCCAUCAAUUCCAUUUUGACAAUGAAAGAAUGGAUUCCACACAUUAAAAAGGUAACGGAAUUCGGUUGUGCCGACAUGAGUCUGGUACUCUUGAUACGCCGAAACGAUCAUCUUCAACACAUUUUACAGAUCGACAUCGACGAUGAACUGCUGAAAAGGUUUGAGCAAAGAGCCGCUCCAUUGACUUGGGAAUAUUUAUCGCGCCGUAAAUUACCACUCAUAACCGACGUUUAUCAUGGUAGUGUCGACUCGCCGCACGAAUGUCUUUUGGAUUCGGACGUCGUUAUUUGCGUUGAACUCAUUGAACAUUUGUUCCCAGAAACGGAGCAAAAUUUGCCACAAAACAUUUUUGGUUUUAUUAAACCGAAAAUAGCCGUUUUUACAACGCCAAACGCGGACUUCAAUAUUCUGUUUGGCAGUUCAAAAUUUGAAAAUGGGUUUCGGCAUGAGGACCACAAGUUUGAAUGGACACAACAGCAAUUCAAAGACUGGGCACAAAACAUUUGCAUUCGUUACCCAAAUUACCGUUUUUCCGUUUCUGGCGUUGGUGAAUUGCCAACGGAUGCUGAUGAACAGUUGGGAAAAUGUUCACAAAUGGCAACUUUCGUUCGCAAAGACAUGCUGCCGCUAUUGAAUGGUCUUGAUGCAACUGAUGAUGUGACGCCACCAGUCGAUGAAUCGGAUACGGAAGAAGUUGUGUUCCCAAUCGAAAAAUUCAAAUAUAAAUUGCUGUUCAGUAAAGAAUUUCCAUACGAUCAAGAUUCGCGUAGUUUGGACGAAAAGAUACUCGACGAUGUAAAGUACUUCAUCAACCGCCAUUUGUACGAUGACGAUCUAUAUUUCGACCAGGAAAAGAAUAUUUGCGAAUUUCCCGUCGAAGACAUAUUCCGACAUGUACAUGAUGCAUCCGAUCUCAACGAAAUGCGAUCAAUAAUUCGCAAAGAAUUUGUGAUAAAUGACAAAGAUUGUGUUGAACAUAAAUUGCCCGAAGAAAGUGGAUCCGAGUUCAGCGAGUACGACGAUGAAGACGGGGAAGACGUGAAACAUGUAGAAGACGCGGAAGACGAAGACAAAGACGAAGUGAGCACAGAAAAUGGUAGCAGUAAGCCUGUCACAACCGCCGAUCCUGACGAUGAAGAUUGGGACUGAUUACGGACCCUGUACAAAAAAAAAUUACGCACAGCUAACUAGUUAUACGUAGUGUGUACUAUUCAUUGAAAUAAUUCAAUUCAAAAUUAUUUCAAAUCUCGUCUAAUUUAUAUUUUAAAACAAAAAGUUGAGAAUUUUUUUUUUUUGCAUUAUUACUUAAAAUUAAAUUUAAAUAAUUUCCUGGAAUACAUACAAAAUGUACCAUUUUCAAAAUAUACUAAAACGAGUGUGAUAAUCCACAAUACCAAAA